AUGAAGAUCAUUGAGAGGUUCUCAUCUUAUCGACAGAGAACAAAGAUGAAGAUACAAGCCGCCUUCUUGCUGUUGUUCCUGAUGUCUGCCAGUGGCUUCCUUAAAAAACAUAAAAACCCACUUACGCCCUACGGACAAUUUGAAAAGUUUGUUAGGGUGCAUAUCAUCAGUACUACAAUGCGUGCCAAUGAGUGUUUCAACAUGCUCAAAACCUUAAAGAUUAACGAAGAAGGCCAGAAAUGCAAGAAAAUCAAUACUUUCAUCCAAGCAACUGUACAAAAUGUCACUGAUGUGUGCAAGAAAGGAAAGACAGUCACAGUUAACCGUCAAACUAUCCAUAAAAGCAAUGGACAGUUCAAGAUCACUGUGUGCUCACUGACCAAGCCUGGCAUGUUCCCCAAGUGUAAAUAUGACGGUAAGAUCAAGGAGGCCAAGAUCCAGAUCAAAUGUGCCGACAUGAGCCUGCCAGUGCACUUCCAUGGUGAGGCAGACUAUGACUAUGAAUAA